AUCACCAAAAUUGCUGUUUUCGUUCAGUGCAAGAUGCUCACUAAGAUUCUCCUGCUGGUUUCUUUGACGGCUGUUGUUGCUGAUGUCGUCCCAGACUUUGUCAUCAAGGGAAAAUGCCCAGCGAUUGACGAACAUAAAUUAUGGAGAGAACAGUUGCCUAAUCACUAUAAGUUUGGAGGCGUUUGGUAUCAACAAGCGAUCUCAACAAACCCGUAUCAACAUCUGAAGAAGUGUGUGCGGAUCCAGUAUGAUUUCAAUGGCAAAGGAUUCGACGUUAAGGGCGUCGGCAUCACCCCUGAAGGAAAUAAGUUGAAGAGAGUUGGAAAGAUCGAGCCCAUGCCCCUCGGAGACCCGCAUCUCAUGAUCAACCUCGAAAAUUCCUUCCCAGCUCCCUUGAUAAUCCUCGACACCGACUACAACAACUACGCCUGCUUGUACUCCUGCAUAGAUUACAACUACGAUCAUCACUCGGACUUCUCCUUCUUCUUCGCUCGAGCUCCCGACGCCUACGACAAGUACGUUGAUAAAUGCAGAGCUGCCUUUGACAGCAUUGGCGUUGACUCCAAUAGACUGAUCAAGACUGAACAAGGAAAUGAGUGCGAUUAUGAAGAACUGAAGAGAUAUGUUCAUGACGAACUUUAGAUUACCAUGAUAUGUUGUAGAUAGGUUAAGGUUAACGCCGGUAUUAUAUUACAUUGUUGUGUAAUAGAUGUUUUUCCAUGAAUAUUUUCUAUAUUCUAUAAAUAAAAAAGACAUUUAA